CUCGCCCCGUUAGAUCCCAGGUUUCCCGACAUGGCGUAAGAGAGGAAGGGAUUAGGGACGGCGAAGGGAAAAAAAAGAGUGUUUUCAAGAACGACCGUGAAAGAAAAUCUCGCCGCGUAGGAUUUGCUUAUUCGAGGAGUCUUGUAAGGAUUUUGUGGGGGUUGAAGUGGCUGCUCGGGAGUUUCCAAGAUGAUGUCUGAUGCCAGUGACAUGUUGGCUGCAGCCUUGGAGCAGAUGGAUGGAAUCAUAGCAGGCUCCAAGGCUCUCGAGUACUCCAAUGGCAUCUUCGACUGCCAGUCCCCCACCUCUCCCUUCAUGGGCAGCCUGCGGGCGCUGCAGCUGAUCGAGGACCUGCGGGGCCUGCUGGAGCUCAUGGAGACGGAAGAGAAGGAAGGGCUGCGCUGCCAGAUCCCAGACUCCACCGCCGAGCUCAUUGUGGAGUGGCUCCAGGGUCACAUGACCAAUGGGCACAUCUCCGUGAGUGGUGAUGUUUAUCAGGAAAGGCUUUCUCGUCUCGAGAGUGACAAGGAAUCCCUCGUGUUGCAAGUAAGCGUGUUGACUGACCAGGUGGAAGCGCAGGGGGAGAAGAUCCGGGAUCUUGACUUGUGUCUGGAGGAACACCGAGAGAAGCUCAAUGCUACUGAGGAAAUGCUGCAACAGGAACUUCUAAGUAGGACGGCCCUGGAGACUCAGAAACUGGAUCUGAUGGCUGAGGUUUCCAACCUUAAGCUGAAGCUGACUGCUUUGGAAAAAGACCGCCUGGAUUUCGAUGAGAGAUUCAGGGACAGUGAGUCACUGCAUAACUUAAUCUCCGAGCUCCGAGACCAGAUGGAGACGCUGGAGGUGGAACUAGCACUUUUCCAAGAAAAGAGGUUACAGUAUGGGGAUCAAGAGGGGUUGAUCCAGGAGAUUAAUGACCUGAGGUUUAGAGUGACAGAGAUGGAAAAUGAGAGGCUUCAGUAUGAAAAGAAGCUGAAAUCAACCAAGUCUCUAAUGGCCAAACUCUCUAGCCUGAAAAUCAAGGUUGGUCAGAUGCAGUAUGAAAAGCAGAGGAUGGAGCACAAAUUCCAGACACACAAGGACGAGCUGCUGAUGCUGCAGGAGCAGCUGGAACAGAAGGAAGUGGAACUGAAGCGGCUCAGGGAGGAGGAUCUCGUCAAGACUCCGGGGGAGGGGCCAGAAAAGGAGGAGAAAGAUGAAAAUUUUAAAAAGAAGCUCAAAGAGAAACACUUUGAGGUGCAAAAAAUGAAAAGGGCAGUGGAGUCAUUGAUGGCAGCUAACGAAGAGAAGGAUCGUAAAAUUGAAGAACUCCGACAAUCACUCAACCGGUAUAAAAAGGUUCAAGACAUGGUCAUUUCAGCCCAGGUUAAAAAAGAUAAGCUGAAAGAGGGAGACAGUGAAGAGAGUCAGAGCGAUAGCUCUGUUUCUGUGUCCACUGCCAUUUCAGUCGCUGUCGAAUCGGACAAAUCGCCUUCUCCUGUUGCACAUGAAGAGCCAGGAGCCAGGCAAGAGGUGGCAGUGCUGCCCGUGCCUGGAGAGCUCUCCGGUAAACUACAUACGAGUGUCCUCCAAGUGUCCAUCUCUGCAUCAACAUCAACCCCAAAGUCAUCUUGCGUGCCUGAGCAGAAUACAGCCCUGGAGCAGAAGGAACAGGACAGCAGAGUGGUGACUCCUGACGUGUCGCAAAUACAGGAGACUUCAAUAUGCGACAGCCCUGUAUCCCCAGACAUCACAAAAUCAAGCAGUCUGGACAAUCUAAAAAGCAGUGAUGCUGACAAGAAGAAUGUCCUCCCGUCAGUCCAUCAGACGCCACAAGAGAUGGCGGAGAACUUUUUACUUCUCAUCAAGAAUAAGGCCUUCGAGGAGAUAAGCAAGUUCGGCAGCCUGCCGCCCAAGUCUCCCCGACAGGCCGGCUCAGUGGACGACAGCUUCGGGACGCGGAAGGCCAGGGCGUCGUUCGGGCGGGGCUUCUUCAAGAUCAAGGGAGGCAAGAGGACGGCGAGCGCUCCUAACCUAGGUGGGAACUCUGCGUGCUUUCAGGGUUCCUUUGAUUUUGUGCUGGACGUUAAACGGGACUCGGAUCUAAGGAGCCAGUCCACCACAUUUAACCCUGAUGACAUGUCGGAGCCGGAGUUUAAGAGAGGCGGGGUGAGGGCCACGGCGGGGCCCCGGCUGGGCUGGUCUCGGGACCUGCAGAAUGCGAGCAGUGAGCUCGACGCGCCCUUCGCCAAGUGGACGAAGGAGCAGGUGUGUAACUGGCUGCAGGAGCAGGGCCUGGGCUUGCACGUCGGCUCGGCCAAGCAGUGGAUCCUGUCGGGGCAGACUCUGCUGCAGGCCUCUCAGCAGGACCUGGAGAGGGAGCUGGGAAUUAAGCACCCUCUCCACAGGAAGAAGUUGCAGCUGGCCUUGCAGGCUCUGGGCUCCGAGGAAGACGACAACAAAGGAAAACUCGACUACAACUGGGUCACCAGAUGGCUGGAUGACAUUGGGCUGCCACAGUACAAGACCCAGUUUGAUGAAGGCAGGGUUGAUGGAAGAAUGCUUCAUUAUAUGACUGUUGAUGAUCUGCUGUCACUGAAAGUUGGAAGUGUUCUUCAUCAUCUCAGUAUCAAAAGAGCCAUUCAGGUCCUCCGUAUUAACAACUACGAACCCAACUGUCUGCGCAGAAGGCCUUCAGAUGAGAACAACGUCACCCCUGCCGAGGUGUCGCAGUGGACGAAUCACAGGGUGAUGGAGUGGCUGCGCUCCGUGGACCUGGCCGAGUAUGCACCCAACCUCAGAGGAAGUGGUGUGCACGGGGGCUUAAUGGUGCUGGAGCCCCGGUUCAACGUGGAAACGAUGGCGCUGCUGCUGAAUAUCCCCCCAAACAAGACUCUGCUGAGACGGCACUUGGCCACGCACUUCAACUUGCUCAUAGGCUCCGAGGCGCAGCAGCAGAAGCAGGAGGCGAUGGAGUCGCCCGACUACGUCGUUCUCACCGCCACCGCGAAAGUUAAGCCCAGGAAGCUGGCGUUCGGGAGUUUCGGGAGCCUGCGGAGAAAGAGGCCGGAGGAUUCGGAGGAGUACGUGUGCCCCAUGGAUGUGGCGAUGCCCAGAGGAAUCAGUUUCCAGAAAGGAUACAAACGAGGCAUGGACAUGAGACUGUAUGAUGACGACCUUGACCGCCUGGAGCAGAUGGAGGACUCUGAAGGAACCGUAAGGCAAAUUGGAGCAUUUUCUGAGGGCAUCAACAACUUGACUAGCAUGCUGAAAGAAGAUGAAUUCUUCAAAGAACUUUCCACCUGCUCUCCAAGUGCCAGCAUUACAGAUGAAGACUCCAAUGUGUGAUAACGGUCAUCUUCAGACGUGGCUGUGAAUUUCACUGUGUGCCAAUCAUGCAUAUCAAUGUGCUGUUGCAGUAUCCCCUUGACAUCACUUACACACUCAGUGCCAGGCUUAUGUAUCUUUUAAUGUAUUACAGUUGAGAAAUUGAAUAACAAAUAUAGGCUGUCACUGCCUUAUGUUAAAUCUCAAAACCCUAAUGCAAGAUGUUGCCAGAUGUGUUGAUAGAUACUUCACAAGUGCAUCAUAAAUAGCAAGGAGUGUGAAUAGAGAUGUUCACAAUUCAUAACUCCUUUUCAAAACAGCUGGCACUUCAUAUAACUGCAUCACCUAUGCAUUUAAAGUUUGAAAGGACUUGUAUGCUCAUUGUAAGAUUGUGAUAUUUGAUGAUUAUACUGCAUUUUUAGAAAGAUCCACAUUUACUUGCCAGCUGGUUACUGGAGAAGAUGGACUUUUAUACUGUUGGAUUUUUUUAUAGCUGUCAUGUGAAGAGCAACAUUACCUUUUUUUGUCUGUUUUUAAAAACUAAAGUUAUACUUGUUAUCUUUCAGCAUGGCACAUGGUUAAUAUUUUAAAUGACAAAUCAUGCAUACAAAAAUUCUUUUAACUGAUUAAUGUUGUUUCUGGUUUUAUCCAGCCCCUGUUUUCACACCUGUUUUCAGUUCUUGCCCUGCAAUUGUAAUAUGAAGCCAUGUAUGUGUUCUGUCAGAUCUACAGUAUGACAAAAUGAUCAGAUUGUGCAACUCCAGCGUUGAACUGUUUAAGUGAAAUAUAUUCAAGUCCUAUCUAAAUAACUGACUCAGACAAUCUGACCUGUGCCAAAUCGAAACACUGCUGAUGCCAAAUCAGUUGCUAAGGCCCUUAAGCACAGCGCUGCCCGGUUUGGAAAUGCCACUCGCUGUUUGCACUCAGCAGUUUGUCUGCAAUGUCUUCAAAAAAAACUUUAUGUAGAUAAACAAUCUCAUUUUGUGUGUACUCGGAAAAAGUGGUGCAGAAUUUCAGGACUGAUUUUUAGCUUUUGUCGUCUAAUGAUGUGAAAUCUGACCUAUGCACACCUCUGUUUAUUUAGCUUUGCCCUUUUAGCAAAAUACUGUUAGAUCUACAGUAACAAUUGGACAUAUAUAUUUUCCCUGGAUAUUUUAGUACUAUUUGCAUGUUAUUUAUACUUUUCUUUUAGACAUGGCUUUUGUAUAGAGAUCUGCUGGGAAAGACUGAACCUCUGUCAUACUAAGAUGUUGCAUCUAGAUCAUUUUUAUUUUCCUUCAGGGAUGGGAAGGAGGCAAGAGACACUGAUGUUCCUUAAAUGUGAGGAGGUCCUUACACUGAUUGUGCCCUUGAGCUUUAAGUUGUUACAGUAACACAGACCUGCUCAACUCCAGACACUUGUAUUCAAUGGCAGAGCGAUGGGCUUGGUGUGUUCUUAUACUGUCAAGCCUGUGUAAUGGAUUCUGCAGUGCAUCUGUAAAACCAUGCCUGUAUUCAGGUUUUGUCUUUCAUUGUUUGUAAAAAACAAAAGCAAUAAGUAUAUUACAAAGCUGAAGAUAUUAACCACCCCCUGCUAACCAUGACAUUGGUCAAAUCUUUGUGUAUUGUUAAUACUUUAUUCAUUUUUAAUAAAUCAAUAAACUCUUUUGGUUUGAAACAUG